AUGCGGGCUAGGAAGAAGGUGAACGAGUUGGUCAGGGUCUACAUCAUCAUUGUUAUAGAAACCCUUGUCCUCCUAAUUACUGUCUACUGUCUUAAACUCCUCGAAUUCCAGCAAAUUCCCAAUGGCCAUCCCCGCGGUUAUGCCAACUGUGACCCGAGAAUUCACCCACUGAAUAUCAGGAUUGUGAAAUCAACAAUGAAUAAACGAAGUCUCCAUCGACUGAUCAGAGACGAUAGACAAGCCCGCGGUGUUCAUGACAACAUUAGACCCAAAUUGAACACUGAGCAUUUGGAUAGCGCUUGA